CCGCGCUAAACAUCACACAAUAAGUCGAUUCACAAAAAUCAUAGAUUGUUAGACACAAAUUAUGCGACCGAAAAUUCGUUCGUUAAUUUAACCGGUUUCCGUUAAUGUGACAACAAUCGCCGAUUGGCCUACUAUAUUGUUAAGCGGUUGGCAACUGUUUUAGGAGUAGGCGUAGCGUGUAUGCUGUGUAGCCCGCGUACGCCGUGUAUGCUCCGUUUAGGGCUAUUAGAGCCAUUAGAGCUAAAUGUAUUAAGACCAUUGAGACGUGCUUGUAAUGUAUGUACAGUUUAACGCAGAUAUUUUGAGAGUAUACUGAAAAUAAUAUUUCGUUGUUCUGGGUCUUUAUUUUCCCCCCUGCAGUUAUUGAAGUUGACCAAAUCUCGUAGAAAUUUGCUUAGAGGUUGGACACUGCGUGACUUUGCUAUUGACUGCUAUUGCUGCAGUCGUUUUCAGGAUGCCGUUGUACGAAGGCAUAGGUUUAACAGAAAAGCAGGCUGUUGUCAUUGAUAUUGGUGCAGCAUACACAAAGUUUGGAUUUGCUGGAGAAUCAGGACCAAGGUGUAUUGUUCGGACAGAAAUUAAGUGUCCAGAAACAAAGCAAGUGAAGAAAGUAUUGAAUUAUUCAAGUGAAGAAGAAUUAUAUGACCUCCUUGUUGAAUUCAUCCAUGUCUUAUAUUUUAGGCAUCUUCUUGUUAGUCCAAAAGAUCGAAGAGUAGUCAUUGUUGAGUCAUUGCUUUGCCCAACAGCAUUCAGAGAGACUUUAGCCAAAGUGCUUUUUCGGCAUUUUGAGGUUUCAUCAAUAUUGUUUGUUCCGUCACAUUUGGUGUCACUCUGCACUCUUGGUGUCAACACUGCCCUCGUCCUUGAUGUGGGGUAUGUGGAGGCAAUUUUGAUACCUGUGUUUGAAGGUGUACCUGUGCUGCAUGCAUGGCAGGCACAGCCUCGGGCUGCAGAGGCUGUUCAGAGUUCACUGAAGGCUUCUUUGCUGAAUAUUAACAGCGAGAAAGAGGACUUUCCUGAAUCUACAAUAGAGGAUAUAAAAGUGCGAACAUGCUUUGUAACCAGCUUGACCCGAGCUACACAACUAGAAGCAGUCGACCAACCUCCGGAUGUUGUGUACCGAGAGGGUGGCAGUGAGAUAGUCCAUAUCCCCGGGAAAGUGAGAGAGACUGUAUAUGAAGUAUUGUUCGAACAGGAUAAUGACCAGAUGUCUGUUUCUACAAUGAUCCUUGAUGCAAUUAUUAAGUGUCCAAUAGAUAUGAGAAAGCCCCUUGCAGAGAACAUCCUGGUGAUAGGAGGCACAGCAAUGGCCCCUGGAUUUAAGGCAAGACUUCUGGAUGAACUGAAGCACCUCUUGCAGCAACCGAAAUAUGCAUCCAGACUAGCACUUAAAACCUUCAAAUUUCACAAGCCACCAGCCAAAGAGAACUAUGUUGCCUGGCUUGGAGGAGCUAUCUUUGGAGGAACAGAUAUGAUCUCAACACGCUCUCUCACCAAAGAAGCAUAUGUGAAACACAGUAGUUUACCAGACUGGGCUGACUUGUCAUACAAUUGCCGGGAAGAAGACAAGAUAUCAUUAUGAA